AUGAAAAAGGGAUAAGACCAAUCAAAUUCAAGCUUUCUCAGAUACAUAAUUUUAUUGCUUGCAUGCUUAGCAUUAUAUGGAAAUAUGUUUAUAUUCGAUUAACCUGCAUUGUUGAAGGAACAAAUAAUGCAGACCUAUAGUCCAAUAUAUGGAGAGCAAUUAACAGGCUUUUAUUUCAGUUUUAUGUAUUCCUUCUAUUCCAUUCCAAAUAUCAUAUUGCCUUUAGUUGGUGGGUUUAUGAGUGAUGUGUUUGGCUAUAGAAAAAUGUCAUUGAUAUUCAUGUUCUUUGUGAUUCUGGGUUAAGGCUUUUUAUAUUUUGGAAGUUCGGUAGCAAACCUUUAAUAUAUGAUAUUGGGUAGAUUUAUGUUUGGAUUGGGUGGGGAAUCUCUUUGUGUAGCAAGUUCGAUUAUCAUUAAUAAAUGGUUUGUGGGAAAGGAGUUGUCAUUUGCCAAUGCACUAAAUUUGAGUUUGAUCAGAAGUGCAACAGUGUUGGGAACUUAUAUUUCCCCAAGAAUAGCUGAAAAAUCAGGUAUGACAACAGCCUUUGGAGUGGGUUUUGGUAUUACUCUGAUUUCUGGGGCUGCAUUACUCAUUAUGAAUUUCAUUGAUUCUUAUACAGAGAUCUUAUAAAAACGAAAUCUGUAGAAAACUGAAGGAUUAUUGGAUAAUAGCAUUUAAGUAAUGGAUUUUGGAGAGCUUGUAAAACAAAUAUUGGAAGAUAUUAGAAUGUUCCCUAAAAUUUUUUGGAUCUUGACUUUAAUAAUGACCACUUUUUAUACUUCAGUCUUAAUUUUUAUCUCCUUUUCAAGUGGCAUAAUAAUUAAAUUAUGGUUGCCUUCAGAUGCACCUAUAGAAUAGAAUUAAGAAGUAGCUGGUGAAUUGAUGGGAAUACCUUAUUUGUGUUGUACAUUUUUCAGUCCUUUUGUUGGAUUGAUGGUGGACAAAGUUGGCUAAAGAAUUAAGUUUCUUGCGAUUGGAUGUGCAUUAGUAUUUUUAGGAUUGGUUUUGAUGCUGUUGUUUUAUCCUAUAUUUUGCAUGCUCACUUUGGGAUUAGCCUAUGCUCUCUUUGCCAGUACAAUAUGGACCAGCAUUGCCUUUGUUUAAGAUUUGAUUAUAUAAAGGGGCACAGCAUUUGGCGUUAUGAACUCUGUUCAAAAUUUCGCCUUUUUUGUGAUGCCAUUAUUCAUAGCUUUCAUUUCAGCAGAAUCAUCUUCCCAAGUAUCAGUAGUCCUAUUCUUUUUAAUACUUGCUUCUGUUUCCUUAAUUAUAGCCAUCUAUUUACACACAGAAGAUCGAAAUAGGCCAGUCUCAUUGAAUUCUAAUGAUCAAAAGAAACUAAUGAAUUUUGUUAAUAACCAUAAUGAGGAAGGCGAAGAAUUUGAAGAGGAAGAAAUAAUAGAAGCAAGAUGA